UCAACAGAGGAGAGAAAAAAACUAGUUCGAGAAUUUGAUGAGAAACAGCGUGAAGCAAAUGAAACACUGCGGGAGAUGGAAGAGGAACUGAAAUACGCUCCUCUGCCUUUCCGCAACCAAAUGAUGAGCAAAAUCCGGGCUUACAGAAGAGACCUCUCCAUGUUCCAGAGAGAGAUGAGAAGUACAGAUUUGGGAUUGGGCCCUGGAAGUCAAGGAGAUACAAAAUAUGGAAUCUUCUCCACAGAAAAUGAACAGAGUACUCACGUGCAGUCACAGAGAGUGCUGCUUCUGCAGGGGACAGACAGCCUGAACCGGGCCACGCAGAGCAUUGAGCGCUCUCACCGCAUCGCUGCCGAGACGGACCAGAUCGGCACGGAUAUAAUAGAAGAGCUUGGGGAGCAGCGGGAGCAGCUGGAGCGCACCAAGAGCAGAUUGGUGAAUACAAGCGAGAACUUAAGCAAGAGUCGUAAGAUUCUGCGUACUAUGUCAAGGAGAGUAACCACAAAUAAAUUAUUGCUGGCAGUCAUCAUCAUCUUGGAACUAGCCAUCCUGGGAGGUGUGGUCUACUACAAAUUCUUUCGCAGCAGAUGAAUUUUCAU